GAACUUUACUAUUUUAUUAACAACCUCCGCCAUAAGAACACAAAAAUUUCAUAUUUUUUCUAUUAGAUAAAGAUUUGAACCUUUGCUAAAUUUUAAGUGAUUUUAAAUCGUUAAUCGGGUCACGUCACGAUGAGUAUCAUAAUGGAUGAAAACAAGGCGAGCAUCGUCAGCGAGGUGAAACCGCCGCCCAGUUGGGUGGAAUGGUGCGAGCGGAACUCCAAGCCGAUCCAGCGUCGUCUCUACCGGGAGAAGCGCUAUCUGACCCGCUGGCAGAUUCCGGGACCGAUGAAGAAGGCUCACUGGAGGGACUUCUACGAAUGGGCCGCCACCAAAGCCAUGCCGAAGGAACUGCCGGAGCCGGUCAAGCAGCCCAUACCCUGUUUUCCCAAGUACUUGCCAUGCGCCAGAAAGCCACGUCAAAUCGAUCCCGAGGAAUUUCAGGAGAAAGUUGCCAAGUUGGCCACUCCGCUGGAACGGAAAAUGACGCCGAAGCACGAGUACAUCUAUCCGGUCCAUCCGUAUUCCCCGAUAAUUGUCUGGGGACAGCCACCACUCCAUGACAAGGGGCGACCCUUCAAGCCGCCCACAAAACCCUGUUGUUUCUUCAACGCCGACAUCGAGGACAAAUGGUGGGCCGAACUGCGCUUUCCCAUCCGAAAGGCCGCGCUCAAGGCCAGGAUAACUCCCCGCAUUCUCAGCCUGUCGAAACCGAAGAUCACUCCCCAGUUUCCACCACAUUGCUAUCACCCGGAUCAUAUCUACGAUGUCCUGACUGUCAAACCGCCUCCGCGGAAGAAGUUCACACCCCAGGGAUGGCGCCUUCACCAGAUCCGAUUGCUAUAUCUUUCCAAGCCCGUGUCGCGGCCCGAAUACGAGUAUUUUUAUAUGUGAUUUAAUGUUAAAUGGCGUCAAAAGUAACUGUUUUCAAGUGUUAUACGAUUUCAAAUAUAUGAUGUCGUAAAAAAUA